AAGAGUUUGGAACUCUGAUUAGAAUGACUGUUGGAGAAAGAAACAUGAACAAGACCAAUAGAACCAUCUUACUGGUUGGAGAAUCAGGAGCAGGAAAAUCUACUCUGAUCAACUCUCUGGUCAACUACACCAUGGGAGUGAAGUUUGAGGAUAAAGUCUGGUAUCAGAUCAUAGAGGAAGAGGAAUGAAGUCAAGCAGAAAGUCAGACAUCAGAUGUGAUCGUGUACCAGAUCUUUGGUUUUGAAGGUGAAACUCUGCCCUACUCUCUGACCAUCAUCGAUACUCCUGGAUAUGGAGACACCAGAGGGAUUGAACGUGAUCUCAUCAUCAGUCAAAGAUUAUUUGACUUGUUUAGAUCAGAGGAUGGAGUUCAUGAAGUUAUUGCAGUGGGUCUGGUGGUGAAGGCCAGUGAGAAUCGACUCAGUGAUCGACUGAUGUACGUCUUUGAUUCAGUGGUUUCUCUGUUUGGAAAAGACCUGGAGAAAAACAUUGUAGCUCUCAUCACACACUCAGAUGGAAGUAGACCUGUAAAUGCUCUUCAAGCUCUUGAAGCUGCAAAAAUUAAAUGUGCAAAAAAAUAGAAGAAUCAACCUCUUCACUUCCUGUUGAACAACUGUCAGAGUGAAGACAGAACAGAGGAAGAAGAAGAAGAAUACCUGGAAGAUGCUGACAAAAUAUCAGUGAGAGGAAUGAGAGAGUUCACAGCUUUUCUGGAAAAAACUGCUCCUCAGAAACUGAUGAAAACUGUGGAUGUUCUGAAUGAACGUAUCAGACUGACAGCCUGCAUCCAAAACCUGGAAGAGAGAAUCAAACUGACUGAACUGAAACAGAAUGAGAUCAAACUAAUCGCAGAAAAACUGAAGAAACACAAAGAAGAGAUGAAGAAGAAUAAAAAGUUCACUGUAGAAGUUGAUGAGGUCCACAAAGAAAAAGAAGCUAUUGAUGGUGGGAUGUGGGGGUUGAUUUUUCAUAAAGGAGCUGUCUGUAAGGAGAACGGUCACUAUCCUGGAUGCACAAUGGCCAGGAAACCUGAACAAUGUGAGGUCAUGUACAAAGGCCACUGUACUGUUUGUACCAACAAGUGUCCGGUAACAGAUCAUGUGAAAGAAAAGUGGAUGUGA